AUGAACAAGAAACAACAAACUCGCAAUGUAGCAGAGGAUUCAUUGCCGCAGCAGUCCGCAACUCCAAUGCAAAAGGUGAUUGCUGCAUGCAGCGGAUCUCUGCUGACCUCUCUUUUCAUUAGGCUUCAAUCUCAAGGUCAGCAGCCUACAUCAAACGUAAAGUUGCAUUCUCCUCUUAAAUGUUGUCGAGAAGUUCUCUUUGUGGCGCAAAAUACGCCGCAACAAUACGUUUGUCUACAUCAGCACGUAUCCAAUAAGGCAUCACCAUUAAAUUGCUUUUCUACGAACGCGACGAUAGCACACAACCAACUUGCAAAGAAUAGAUUUGGUGGAACAUGGGAUAUAGCAGUAAAAAUUGUUCGUAACGAAGGGAUCACAUCAUUGUGGAAAGGACUCUCCCCGGCACUUGUAAUGUCUGUUCCCACGACCGUGAUCUAUUUUGUAGGAUAUGAUCACUUGAGGGACACUUUAUGGAAGAAUUGGAAAUGGAAAUAUUCAGAGAGUUAUUCUCCAAUGGUAGCCGGAGUCUUGGCUAGAACACUUGCCGUAACCUUUGUAUCUCCGUUGGAAUUACUACGAACAAGAAUGCAAGGGCCUGAAGGUGUUCACGGUGCGAGAAAAGUUGUGGGUGGUGUGCGAAACAUGGUGAAGGUGAAUGGAAUAUCAUCAUUAUGGCGCGGUUUGGAAUCGUCGCUCUUUCGCGAUGUACCCUUCUCGGCUCUAUAUUGGACUGGUUAUGAGAUGUUAAAAAGAAAUUUAAACAAUUACUUGAAAAACAAUAAUCUCGAAGGAACACUCAAUACGCUGGAAGUCGCCUUUUUAUGUGGGGCCACAUCUGGAAUGGAUGGUAUUGUUUUAGGUGCAGAUACACGUGCGACUGAAGGACCAAUUGUGGCAGAUAAAAAUUGCGAAAAGAUUCAUUACCUUGCUCCGAAUAUGUAUUGUUGCGGUGCCGGUACAGCCGCCGAUACCGAAUACACAACUGCAUUGAUUAGUUCAAAGCUGGAAUUGCAUCGAUUGACCACUGGAAGACAGGCUCGCGUUGUAACCGCCAUGACGAUGUUGAAGCAAAUGCUUUUUAGGUUGGGCUACAUUGGAGCCGCAUUAAUAGUUGGUGGUUAUGAUGUAACCGGGCCUAAUUUGUUCACCGUACAUCCUCACGGAAGCACUGAUAAGUUGCCAUAUGUGACCAUGGGUAGUGGUUCGUUGGCAGCAAUGUCUAUAUUCGAAAGUAGAUGGGUGAAGGAUAUGGAGCGUCAAGAUGCCAUUGAUCUCGUUAGAGAUGCCAUCGAAGCUGGUAUCUUUAACGAUCUUGGGUCUGGUUCCAACGUGGAUGUCGUGGUACUUGAAAAAGACAAAACAGAUAUCCUGAGGAACUAUGCUAAACCUAACGAACGUGCGCAAAAAGAGCAAAGCUAUAAGUAUAAGCGUGGAACUACAGCUUUUCUUAAAGAGUCUAUAAAGGAUUUAGUUAUCGUCACUGAGGGCGAGGCUAUGGAUAUUUCAUAG